GAGGAGGGAUGAGAGGAGACGUUAGACCUGCAUUGUGCCACUGCCUCUGGUCAGAGACAGCUGGAGAUUCGGAGAAGCAGCAUCACCGGCCGGAGACACAGCAUCUUGAAUUGAAAACACACAUCCAGCUGCAGAGGGAAAAUCCUGCAGACGGAAAGCUGCGAUUGCAAGAGAGGAGAGAAGAAGAGAGGACUCGACCAAAGACUGUUCGCAAGCAGCUAUGCGGCCGCGGUCCAGACUUCUGUCCAAGAGACGACUGGUGCUGCCCACCAUCAGGGAAGGCACCGAGGAGACGGUGAGGGACCGGAACGAGGCCAACACGCUUCACAUCACCUCUGUCUCCUCUGAGGACUACCUGCUCUCCAUCUGCCACCUGGCCCACCCCACCUUCCCCAGCAGGCAGUGUGAGGCCGGUCCCCAGAGGCUGAGGCGGAGGCAAAGCGGGAAACCAUCCGCCAGAUAUGAGUCGAACCCCGGAGAGUUGGAGGCACAAGCCAUCCAUGUCGAGCAGAGGGAGGAGAACGAACUGAUGUUUGGCCACUCCGACCCUCUGGAGUUUCUUUACGGACACCAGAGCCACCUCUCGGGCGGCGUGAGGAGGGCGUGUGAGGAGGGAGGCUUCUCCAGACAGCAAGGGAGGGCGUGGGGGUGCCAGGCCCGCUCCAGGGCGCACAGCAUCCCGCGGGCCUCGAGUCCGGUCCCCCCGCGCCAACGCAAGAGCAGCUGCCCCGAUUUGCACACCAGCACUGACACAUCAGCUCCGGACAUCCCCACGAGACACAGCCCGCCCAGGUCGGACUCGGAGGGCCAGAGAGGGGCCCCGGCCGGGAGAGGAGCCGGGGCCGAGAGGCAGAGACCCGCCGCCAAACAAUCCCUGAUCUCGCAGUGGAUCUCCGACUGCAGGUCCGCGUGGCGAGAGGCGCGCGUGCGGGUCUGCAUGCUCCCUGCCAUCGCUGAGAUGUAGUGGCACGAGCUGACAGGCGCUGUGAACGAAGACAUUCCUCAGUGCAGUGUCCAUGUCUCUCUCUCUAUGUCUGUGCACGAGACAUUCUGCACCGGGAGACAUGUAGACGUGUGUUAUGCAGAUGAAUGGGAAACAAGUAAAUACACAUUUGAAAACAUACAGUUUGUCCCACUGUCAUGUCUAAUCGAUGUCACCCUUUGCUUUCCACAACCCGCUCACUCUCGAUGUUUGCUGGUGAUCACACAAAACAAACAAAUCUGCAAAGUCCUUUUAUACGUGUCUGUGUUUUGUGAACCGCGUAUAAAUAAAUAAACGAAUAUUUUAAUAC